AUGGAAAAAAUUGUCACAGUCAAGAAAUUAAAAUGUGCAAAAUUAAAGAACAAGAAUGAUAAAUAUUGUCAAGAUCAAGGAAUUAAAUUGCAAAAAAAUUCAAGUGCAAUGAAGAUUGGUGUGGACGAAAUUGAGAUUUGGCACUCAAACAAAGAGGCAUGUGAACAGAAGAAAACAGCUUCAAACAGAAUGAUCAAACAUGAUGGAUCCACUGUUAGCAUUGUGUCUGGAAAAUUAGCCCAAAACAUCCACUCCUAUAAUUGUGUGAUUUUGGUGGCACAACAAGCAAAUCCAAAGAGAAAAUUAUACAUUAGGGAGAAUGAAGGUGAACCAACUGACAACGAAGUGGAGAGUGGUCUUGUUCCAAUUAAUCAGAGCAUUGAAGAAGCUUGA